AUGACUAUUGUCUCCAAGAUGAACCCUCCAAACAAGCCGGCUGCAAUCGUUGUUGAUGAAUGCACUCCAUCUGGAGAGGAGAAACCAACCAUCCCAACUCCGCGUAUCAAGGCGAUCAUGAUCACCAAAGCUUCUCCAAGACGUCGUAGACAACAACAGCAACGUCGUCAAAUUUCGACUGUUCGAGCCAGCGCAAGCCUCACAAUGUUCAUCGCCGUCGUUGUUCUCAUAGACGUCUACGCUGUGCUCACUACUGACCCAGACUGCCCAGGCCCAUUGACCCAAUUCACCGGACUUCAUCCAACUUUCAACAUCUACAUGCUCAUCGUUCUUCACAUGAUGACUCUGUUCGGUGGAUUGUCCAAGACUGUCAACGGAUGCCGUCUCGCUAUGGGAAUCGCUUGGAUGUUCUUCCUCAUAUCGGUUGUCCUCCUCGUGUUCGUCCCGGCAUUCCUUGGCAGCUACGUUGCGUCAGGACUUGCUCCAGUUCAAAACAUCACUCUUCGCGCCGACAACACUGCUCAAGACCGUUUCCAAACUGCUUUCUACAUGGCGAUUGGUGGUCAACUCUUUGUUUUCCUCCUCUUCAUGUGCACAAUCUUCCAAUUGACUCUCGUCGGAGAACUCCUCGCUGAAUCCCACGUCAUUGAAAUGGCUGCCCGCUACGCAAGAGCUGGAGUUGAAAUAGGAGGCGACUUCCACCAUUCUCCAUAA